UUUGGCGCGCGAGGUUUAGAAAUGGCGGAGAGCAGAGAAACGACCGUAGGAUCCUCAUCAUCGGAUCCCCUCAAACUGUAUGAGGCGCAGUUCUUCGGUUUCACCCCGCAGACCUGCAUGAUGCGGGUGAACAGCGCCUUCCAGGACUGCCUCUACGAGAUGCUCCUGGUCGUGGAAUCUGUGUUCAUCCGAAAACUGUCGCAGGAUAAAGAUCCACCCGAAGAGCUUCGCCUCAAGACCCGCGAAUGCACCCAGAAAUUGCUGCAGUUCCUGCAGGAGCGUUUCAGGAAGCUGUCGAGCCGUAUGGAAGCUCUGCUGGUGAACAGCGUGCUCUCCGUGCCCGAAAACGCCCUGCUGCCCGAGGACGAGUCGCACAGGAAGUACCCGGAGAGCAGGGAACAGCUUCUGAGACUGGAGGCUUCCACUGGAGAGCUGCAGAAGUCCUACGAGGCGGAGAUGUGCGCCAAGCAAGCGCUGUUGGCCGAACUGGAGGAGCAGAAGAAAACCCAGGAGCAGCUGGAGGAAGUGCUGCAGUGGGUUGAGGAACUGAGGGUAUGCUGGAGGAAGGAGGGCAUGGGCAACGUUCGGGAUUGCUUUCGACACAUGAUCGAGACUGUGAACCAGCUGCAGGGGGUCAUGGGGACGAUCCAAAAAAUGAGCAAAUCUCUGGAGGAUGUUUGAUGCCUUUUGGGUUGUUGUGUGCCAUUGGCAUUGACACACAGCCCAACCACAAGGGGGAGACUUUCUCACAUUUUCACAUUUGAAUUCCAAAUGACAAUUCAAGUUGUGCUCAGCAAGGUGUCACAUAUAAUCUGGUCAUUUUUGCUGACAUUUAAAGCUCAGUCACCCUAAGAACCACUUUCCACCGAGCUAAUUUCAUCUUCAGAGAGUCCUUGUUCAUUGUGGAUCUCAUUCCAGAUCAAAGUAACGGAAUCAAAGGGAUUAGAAUGAGUUUUUUGUAUAUAUAAACCUAAACCUGUCCACUGUUUUUGGUCCCAGUAGGGGGGGGGGGGGGGGUGCCUGUACAUAUUUUGGUCGUGCCUUGGUUUGUCCUAGUACUGUGCUUUGUUGCUAUUGUAUUGUUUGUUUCUUUACCCUAAUAUAAUAAAAAUUUAUGUACAUUUUU